GUCUGUUUUAAUCAUGGCGGCGGCGGUGGUGGAGGUGCAGAGCGCCAAACAACUGGGGGAGCUGCUGGAGAGGGCGAAGAGAUCCUUGGUGGUGAUCUAUUUUUGUGCAUCAUGGUCUCCACAGUACACGCAAAUGAACGAAGUUACGAUUGAAUUGGCAAAAGAACAUCCCCAAGUUACAUUUGUGAAGCUUGAAGCCGAAGCUCUACCAGAAGUAUCUGAAAAAUAUGAGAUUUCUUCUGUCCCUACUUUCUUGUUCAUUAAGAACCAUGAGAAGAUUGACCGAGUUGAUGGUGCACAUGCUCCUGACUUAACUAAAAAAGUUCAGCGCUAUGGAGAGACUGCCAAACAAGAUCUGAAUGACCAUCUGAGAAAACUCAUAAAUUCUGCACCUUGCAUUCUAUUUAUGAAAGGAACACCUCAAGAUCCUCGAUGUGGUUUCAGCAGACAAAUUGUAGGAAUAUUCAGUGAGCGUAAUAUUCGUUACAGCAGCUUUGAUAUUCUUUCUGAUGAAGAUGUGCGUCAGGGAUUAAAGAUCUAUUCCAAUUGGCCUACAUAUCCUCAACUGUACGUGAAUGGAGAAUUGGUGGGAGGGCUCGAUAUUGUAAAGGAACUUGCUGAGUCUGGAGAACUGGACAAAAUCUGCCCAAAGGAAAUGGGACUCGAGCACAGGUUGAAAGUACUGAUAAAUAAAGCAAGAGUGGUUCUGUUUAUGAAGGGCAGCAAAGAGAUGGCAAAAUGUGGAUUCAGUCGUGCCAUAGUAGGAAUAAUGAAUGAAACUGGCAUUGAUUAUGAAACAUUUGACAUAUUGGGAGACGAACAAGUGCGGCAUGGAUUAAAAACCUAUUCCAAUUGGCCAACAUACCCUCAGCUAUACGUAAAGGGUGAACUUAUUGGUGGACUCGAUAUUGUGAAGGAAUUGAAAGAAAGUGGCGAUCUUCUUUCAGUCUUAAAAGGAGAAACAAACAGUUGAAGUUUAAAUCGCUUGAAGAACAAAUGGGAUCAUCUUAUUAUAUUCAGUUUCUUAAGUUUGUUCUAUUGGCAAUAAUAUAGAUUAAAGCCAAUUAAAGCUUCUUUGGUGUUUGAAGAUAUCUGUAACAAUUCAAGGAGGGAGCAAAAUACUAAUAUAAUAGAACAUUAAAAAUGUUAUGCAUUUUAUUGCAAUAAAACAUUCUAU